UUACAUUCGACCGCACACAUUGACCUACCACCUCUCCCAUUUCUCAUAGUCAAUACGGAAGCCAAGUACCAUGGUGGCUUCAAAAAGUCCCAAGGCCGCGAAGGUCGCGCCGCGGUAUACAGAACGUGUCAUGGGCGCGAUGUCCCAAAUCCAGCGUGAGACGCACAAACAUGCCAUCCGCACUGCGAGCAUCCACGCGCGCGUCCAGAAGAUGGCACAGGAGCGGAAGGAGAAGCUAGGCCCACAUUGGAAGACGUUCGUCACGAAGGCCAUCGGCGUCUUGACGGAAGAAGGCAUCCUGGAGAAAGAUCAUGGGGCCUAUGCGUUGUCGCUCAGUGGCAAGAAGAUUAUUGCUACUGCCCGCCGCGCGCUGGACCUCCCGAGCAACAGCCAAGACAUGACGAUCGAGCAAGAGGUCGACCUAUGGAAACAGGUGCUCCGCACGCCGAUUGCCACACCAACGCGCAAGCGGCUGCGCAACUCGCGUGUGCCCGCAGGGGAUGACUCGGACGACGAGCUCGUGGAAUUGCCGUCAUCGCCGAUCAAGGGUCGUAAGCGUGCGCGGACGUCAUCGGCUGCUGCAAGGGUGCGGGAGCCGACGCGUGAGCCGCCUUCGCCCUUGACGGAGCUAGAGGAAAGUAUGGAGAAUGUGCUGGUGCCUCCGUCGACUACCACGAGCGCCCGCCUUCGUCCAUCUCGUUCUUUCAUCGACCAGCUGAGCAAACAACCAACACCCGCACCGACAGAGAUGGACCUGCACGAUGACAUCAUGGAUGAACCGGCCUACAUCGAACGACCAGCUCCUGCAGAUGUUUAUAGCGCGACCGCAGUGGAGAGCUUGAAGGAGGAACUUGCCCAGGCAGAAAGCGCCAUCGUGGCGCUUAGUCGUGAACUGAGAGACCUUCGCGAGCAACGGACGACUCUAGACUCUGAACUGGCCAGGACGAGAAGGCGGGCCGAUGCCCAUGCGGCUGAGAAAGCCAUGCUGGAGGCGCAGCUGGCCGCUGACGUUCCUCGGACCGAAGACGCGGAUCUCCUUGCCCAGAUCGCCCACCUUGAGGGCGAGAGAGGUCAGCUUCAGGAAACGAUUGCGACUAAAGAUGUCCAUAUUUCACGUUUGGAGGAACGAAACGAAUCACUUGCCCAGGAUGCCGUCGAGCUGAAUGCGAAGCUCGCAGUUUUACGCGACGCUGCCGAAGCUUUGAAGCCUCAAAUGGAUGCUCUCGAUAGUGCCUUGGCUGAACGGAUCAGCAUCCAAACGGUCUUGGAAGAACAAUUGGCUGCAGCAAAGAAGGAAGCCGAGGAUAUGCGGUUGAAAGUCGGUGUAUUCGAGACUUCGACUCGUCAACUCCGGACGGAGAUCGAGUCGAAGGCAGCACAACUAAGCGAACGAGAAGCUGAGCUCGGGGGUGAGCUAACUGCGAAGGCCGGAGCGAUGUCUGCUUUGGAGAGUCGAAACGCCGAGCUCGCAGCCUCCCUGAAUGAGGCUCGCAGCAAGAUGAUCGAAGCCGAGGCCGCAAGAUCCUGUCUGGCUGACCGAUUUUCCGAAGCAGAGCUGCGCAACUCGUCCUUCCAGGCCACCAUUGACGAGUUGCGUCUGGCUGAAGGCCGAGCGGUGGCAAGCAUCGAGCAGCUGUCCGCCGAGUCGGUUAAGCAGCUUGGGAUUCGAGACGAAACAGUUGCUGCACUCAAAUCUGAGCUCUUGACUGCACAAGAAGCUACGCGCGUGCAAGCGGCCCAAGCAGAAGAGACACUGACAGCUCUGACUCGGCAGCUGGCGCACACGCAAGCCAGCCACGCCGCCCUAGAAUCCACGCUGGCCGUGACGAACGAGAAAUCACGCUCGGAGCUGGAGGCCGCUUCGGCCAAGUCCGCCGAUGUGUCCGCAAAGCUCGAGGAGGCUGUCAAACGUCUAGGCGAGGUGGAGACGCGCUUGCAUAUCGCCGGGAGGAAGCACACGUCAGAGAUCGCUGACAAGGACGUGAUCCUGACGACGCUCAAUGAUACGCUCGUAUCGGCUCGGGCAGAUGUCCAGGACAUGGUCCAGAAGCUUGCGCAGGCAGAUCGGGACCGAGGUCAGCUGCAUGCUGAUGUCGCCCAGAUAAAGGGGGAUUUGCAAGCCGAGAUGGCGAAUACACGUGAUAUCGCGGCGGAGCUGGAGAGCGAGCGCGCGAAGAGGGCGCAGGCCGAGACGUCCUUGAACGAGGUCCGAGAGCUGAGAGAGGCUGAUGUUGCGACCAUUGGUGCGCUCCAGGACAAGUUCGCCCGGCUCAAGGACGCCCAGAUGGAGUUGUGGGUCCAGUUUGAGCUGGCGAGACCGAGUGGCCAGCCGGUGCUGCCCCCCGCGUCGUCGAGCAGCACCUUGUAUCCAGGCUCGCUUGUUUGUUCUUUCGAGAAUGUCGUCGUCGUCGAUGUCCACGACGAUACACGGGUACGGAUGGUUAAAGUCUCCAGGGCGACACCAAACUGCCUCCAUUCAUUCGUUCCCUUUCCCUUCCCUUUCGUUGCCCUCCCUUUCACACUCCUAUGGUUUUCCGACUCCACGCAUCUCGACAACUUCAUCCCCCCGCCGUCAACCCAAGUGCAGAGCCAGCUCGGGCGGCCAUGGCGCGGCAUUCUCACUGUACGGGGGAUGAGGGCGUCAGAUCCUGGCGGCAACCAGGAGAUUCGCGUCACGGCAGUAGAAACUGACGGAGAUAGCCAAGUCGCUGGCUGGCCGACUCAGUUCUUCGCGCACCUCGUGCACGGAUCGCCUAUUCUUCGUGAGGCGCGCGCCUGGAUCCACCAGCACGCCCCGCCCAUCGCGACGUUCAUGCCCGACCGGAUCGCCGACCCGGAUGCCAACGUGGUCAACCAGACCACAUUCCGUUCUUUGUCCCGCAUUCUUUUUGAAAACCAAAUUGUUGCCAUCGCCGGCUGGGGCAGCAGCAGCACUUUCCCAGGCGGAGGCGUCAUUAUUAUCCCCGCCGAACACUCGAGCGCGUUGCUUGUCGCCGCUCUUUUCUUUGAACAGUUCCCCGACGCGCUUGCCUCUCGUUUACCGCCCACUUCGACGUCCCUCGUCACUCACGCGCCCCACAUGCAGCCCCACAUUCCUUCAUUCAUGUCGCCGCAGCCCAUGCAGCCCAUCUCGCAGUACUCGGUAUCGCCGCCGCUCUCCGCUGGUCCGCGACCCGGCUACGGGAUGGUGCAUUCUGCCCCGAACGUCUCGUAUCAACGGCUCGGCAGCCCUAGUCCGGUUGAGCAGCCUAUCCGACGCUCCCGGCAGGAACACCACCUGCGUCUGCAGCUGCCGACGUCGCCGAUCCAACCACCGAGCUCUUCUCUGUCCUCGUUCGAAACACAGGACGAUGCUGGCGCCCAGUCGCCCCAUUUUCUUGCCUACCAAUCUAAACGACGACGCCGCAUUACAACCGCCACCACCACUACCCUAGACCGGAGUGACGCAGGGUAUAUUACGCCUGCGCACUCCCGCGAGGCCAGCCACGGGUCCCCCAACAAAACUCUGCACACAACAAGCACUCAAUACCCUCUGGUCUCCUCCACCCACCCUCCUACAGCCUGCCUAAUCCUGUCACUCCGAAAACGCAAACGAACUGAACUAUUACAUCUGCUCUUCUCCGUGUAG